CUGCUGUUGUCAAGAUGGAAUACAAAGCGUAUCCUAUAAGAUGGGCCUGGCUGACAAUUUUGUGGAUAGGAUUGUUCAAUCACCAGUUUACCACUUUAUCGUAUGGAAUCAUUAACAACGUUGUUUCGUAUUAUUUUAAAAUCGGUGCAUACGAAGUAGAUAUACUUGGUAUCAUAAGCGAUAUUUUCAGUACCAUCGCUCCAUUUAUUGUUGUUAUGACUGGAAGAAUCACAGGAGUCCGUUCGUUGUUCUUAUAUGGUCUCUUUGCAGCAGUGAUCGGAAUAGGAGCAGACAUAAUUGGAUUUAUGUCUAGAAACUUUUACUGGAUGGUUUUGAUAGGUCAGGCGUUAAUUGGGAUAUCAAGCUCCAUAUUCUAUCUCCUAGUAUUUGAGUUAGCAGCUUCAUGGUUUCCCGCAAACGGAAGAGCAACAGCUAUUGGAAUUGCUUGGACAGCAGACAAUCUAGGUGGUACAUUAUCUGCAGUCUAUUUUCCUUAUGUGCUCCAAAACACUUCAGAUGCCACUGUAGCUUUUCUGGAAUUGGCUACAAUACGAAACUCAUAUUUUACAAGUUUUGGUCUUAUAUUCGUCUUGUUAUUGUCCUCACUUGUGGUUGGAUGGCUGUACAUUGCCGAUCACCCACCUCCUCCCCCAUCUGCAUCUCAACAGGCGUUGUUGGAAAGCGAAGAAGUAAGCAGUAUGCAAACUAUCGACAUCAUUAGAAAUCUUAGAAUUGUUCGAGAUUUAUGUUUAAACUCAGAUUUUGCGAUAAUUACAAUUCUUAGAAGUUCUCAAUUUUCAGUUUUUGGUUUGACAAUCAUUCUUGUAUCGUCAAUGCUUUUAAGAACUUUUCCUGAAUUGUCGGAUCAGUUCGGUGGAAAUGUAAGAACAAUGGGAACAAUUUUAGCAUCUAUUCUAUCUAUACUAGUGGGAAGGUACCUGGACAGAUACGGACACUACAGAGGAAUGUGCAUUGUGGGCAAGUAAACUAUUAUUUUCUAUGAAUUGUCUCCCAUUUUCUAAAUUUUAAGAACUUCUUUCAAGAAUAUGAUGUUGAUAUUCCUUUUGUCAAAUAUAUAUAU